AUGAUCGAAAAAGACGGAUAUCAUUACUGGAAGGAUGACAAGAAAAGAGGGAAAGAUAAAGAACAAUGGGCAAGAAUAAGAUGCGGAAACAUUGGGAGAGCUUACAAGAAAGGUUAUACAGAGUGGACGUGCAGAUUAUGUGAAGAAAAUAUGGAAACCUUAACACAUCUAAUAAAGUGCAAAGAGAUAAAAAAAGGAGUGAACGAAAAGGAAAGAAAAUAUUUGGAAAAGUGGGACAAAUUGGUAGAGGAAGAAGAGAUCGAAAGAGAAAUAUGUAAGAUAUUAAAAGGCGAAUUAGACGUGAACUUUUGUGAAAUUUUUCGUAAAGUCGAAAAAUCAAUAAGAAGCAAGACAGAAGCGGAAAAAAUUGGAGAAGAAAGUGCAGAGGUGGAGCAGAGAACAGUGUGA